GGUGGCAGCGGCGGCUGCGACGCGCUGCGCAUGCGCGGGUCGCCGAGUCUGGGGUUAAGGGUCGAGGCAAGCCACAGCGGGGCGGCCAGCUGGGCGGCGGCGAGCGGAGCGGAGCGGAGCGGGGUCAGGAUGGACGAGGACGUGUUGACCACCCUCAAGAUCCUCAUCAUCGGCGAGAGUGGCGUGGGGAAGUCGAGCUUGCUCUUGAGGUUCACAGAUGAUACUUUUGAUCCAGAACUUGCCGCAACAAUAGGUGUUGACUUUAAAGUGAAAACAAUCUCAGUGGAUGGAAAUAAGGCAAAACUUGCAAUAUGGGAUACAGCUGGUCAAGAGAGAUUCAGAACAUUAACUCCCAGCUAUUACAGAGGUGCACAGGGUGUAAUAUUAGUUUAUGAUGUCACAAGAAGAGAUACUUUUGUUAAACUGGAUAAUUGGUUAAAUGAAUUGGAAACAUACUGCACGAGAAAUGACAUAGUAAACAUGCUAGUUGGAAAUAAAAUUGAUAAGGAAAAUCGUGAAGUCGAUAGAAAUGAAGGCCUGAAAUUUGCCCGAAAACAUUCCAUGUUGUUUAUAGAGGCCAGUGCAAAAACUUGUGAUGGUGUACAGUGUGCCUUUGAAGAACUUGUUGAAAAGAUCAUUCAGACACCUGGACUGUGGGAAAGUGAGAACCAGAAUAAAGGAGUCAAGUUGUCACAUAGGGAAGAAGCCCAUGGAGGAGGAGCUUGUGGUGGUUAUUGCUCUGUCUUAUAAACUCUGGGAAACUCCAUCUCUUGCAUAUUUGAUCAGAUAGUGACAUCUUUCUGUAUAUAAACUCUUCAACUGCUAUUUUAGGGACCUUGCAGUUUGCACAUAUUUGUUUUGUAUCAUGGCAGUAAAUAUUUGCAAGAAAUCCCACUCACCUGCUUUCCCAGGUAAAUGUUAUGUUUAUGGUAAGCAUGCAAUUUGUAGUCUUUUUUUUUUUUUUUUUUGGUAACAUAAAAUAGAUGUACCUUUAUCAGUACAUUUGAUUUUAUGAUUUACAUUUAUCAUGUGAUUGAAAAAAUCCACCUAUCUAGUGUAUGUUGAUACCAAGUUUUCUUUUGGUCUCCUUUUCACAUAAAUACACCUAUUAAUUACUGAAUUAAUUGGUAUGUAGAAUUCCUAGAACCACUGGAAGAUAUACAGGUGCCAUCAAACCUGGCAGAUUCCAUUUCAGGUUCAACCAAGAGCAUGAUUCCACAGCUUUCUAGGAUGUUUGCUGAGAGAUUCUUUUUUUAGUACCUAAGCAAAAAUCUUUUCUCCGAAUGUAGUCCAGGCCAACUUAUAAUUUAAUCUUAUUUGUUUUGAUGAUGCUUUUAAAAAUAGUGUUGAUAUAUUAAAGAGGUUUGAUCUUUUUAACUUCAAUGAAUAUCUCUGUUGCCUAAUUGGAGUUUUAUUUCUGUGAUGUACAUUGGAUUCAUGAGCCUCUGUGCAGCAUUUUUAGUUAUGUGGUGUUAGGCAGAAUAGCAAUAAGGUUUUCCCUCAUUUUGGUUUUAGAAGGACACAGAUAGUGUGUUAUGUAACUCAUGUACUUACACUUACAACACCAACACCUUAUCUCAUAAAUGGUGUGUGUUCAAGUACCUCAACUGUAGCUUGUGUAAUGUGUACAAAUAUCUGUCUUAUGACUUCCAUAACUGAUUAGUUAAUACUCGAAAACCUAUAUCUGUGUCUUGAUAGUUGGGGAAAGAAGAACACUAAAAUAACAAUUUGAGAGAGGCAUAUUGCCUCCUGAGUUUGAUGUGUGUGGGAAAAUAUUAUUGCAAUGAAAGUCUUGGUAAUUUACUGUAGCAAGUAGCCAGUAGUUUAUCAAAACCAAAUUGUAUAUACUAAUAAAUCUUUUUCCACAA